AUGCCAUCGAUACCGGCGGCCGCGUUCGCCGACUGCGACUCCCUCACUUCCGUCGUCUGCCCGCGCUCCAUCCAGGCCGUUGGUGACCGGGCGUUCUUCCAGUGCAGGUCGCUCACCUCCGUCACCUUCUCGCACGAAGGCGAAGGUUUCGGCGUCCUCAACGACGCGGCGUUCUACGCCUGCAGCUCCCUUCAGUUUGUGGCCCUUCCAGCCACCCUUUGCACGAUCGGACCGGGAGCCUUCGAGGGCUGCACCUCCCUCACUCACAUCGCCCUUCCCGCCGGCGUGAGACACAUCGGCAGCGACGCCUUUCUCUCUUGCCGAUCCCUCAAGCGCAUCGUCUUCUCCCCCGCCCUCAUCUCCAUCGGACAGAACGCUUUUCGCGGCUGCUCCUCCCUCGACCGCGUCACGGUGCCCCUAACCGCCGUGUUCCUCCACGCCUUUCCCGUCACGACGGUAGUGGUCCGCCUCCCGCCCGAGAGCAUGCGCGCCCUGCAGCUCUGGUACGACGCGAUCGACGCCGCGCUCGCCCACAAGCGCUGCCGCCACCUCCUGUACGGCUGGCUAGAGCGGGCCCAACUCCGGCUCGGCUCCUACGGGGCCAACGGCGCGGCACGCAAGCGCGACCGCGAGGAGUUCGAGGGCGACUUUGCGCACCUCCUCUAG